GAUGGCGUCCCUCUGACGAUCCAUGUGAUUGAAGUGUUUGGAUUUUAAAGCUCCUCUUCACGUCAAAGUAACGGGGUUAGAGACCACCGGAGGAACGGGACGGUCUGCAUUGAAGCCACGAGCAGCUUCCGGUUAGGAGAGAAACAUGCAGCACGACGACGUCAUCUGGGACGUCAUUGGUAACAAACAGUUCUGCUCCUUCAAGGUGAAGACCAAGAGUCAGAACUUCUGUCGGAAUGAGUUCAACAUCACCGGGUUGUGUAACCGCUCGUCCUGCCCGCUGGCCAACAGCCAGUACGCCACGGUGCGCGAGGAGAAGGGUCAGUGUUUCCUCUACAUGAAGGUCAUCGAACGGGCCGCGUUUCCCGCCAAAAUGUGGGAGAAGGUGAAGCUCAGUAAGAACUACGAGACCGCUCUGGAACAGAUCGAUGAGAACCUGAUUUAUUGGCCUCGGUUCAUCCGACACAAAUGUAAACAACGAUUCACCAAAAUCACCCAGUACCUGAUCCGCAUGAGGAAGCUGGUGCUCAAGAGACAGAGGAAGCUGGUGCCCCUCAGCAGGAAGGUGGAGAGCCGGGAGCGGAGGAAGGAGGAGAAGGCUCUGAUCGCCGCCCAGCUGGACAACGCCAUCGAGAAGGAGCUGCUGGAGCGUCUGAAGCAGGGGACGUAUGGAGACAUCUACAACUUCCCCGUCCACGCCUUCGACCGCGCUCUGGAGCAGCAGGACGAGGACGAGGAGGAGGAGGAAGAGGAGGAGGAGGAGGAGGAGGAGGAGGAGGAGGAGGACGAGAACGUGGGACAGCGAGAGUUUGUGGCGGAGGACGAGGUGGAGGAGAGCGACCUGAGCGACUUCGAGGACAUGAACCAGCUGAAGACCAGCAGUGACGAAGAGCAGGAGGAGUCCAGCGAGGAGGAGGAGAUGGAGGAGGAGGCGGCGGCGGCGGCGCAGAGGAAGGCGUCGCGGUCUAAAGGGAAGUCUCCCGCCAACGGCUCCGCCCCGAGGAAGAAGCGAGCGUACGUGGAGAUCGAGUACGAGCAGGAAACAGAGCCCGCCCCCAAAAGCCGGACCACGUAGUGAAGCCCCGCCCCUCCGCAGUCAGUCAAAACAGGCGCCUGCUAAGCCCCGCCCCUCCGCUGUCAGUCAAACCCAGACUGCUGCUGAGGACACAGCUGCUGCCCUGGCUGUACCUAUGGACACGCCCCAUCCCUUGUUGCCAUGGCAGCAGGCUGAGGACCGAGUAAAAAUGUUCUGAAUGUACAUAAAAUAAAGUUUUCACAUUUUGAAUUUUUUUCCUCAUUUAUAAAUAUUGUGUUGAUUUUCA